GGACGAACCAACUAGAUGUUUCUCUCUCCUUCAAAAAGCUGUUCCUAGAGAGAGAAAAAGCAAAAACUAUGGGCAGAAAUUUCCCGCCGGCUGAAACCGCUCUUCACUGCCAUCUCCCAAAACCAGCAGCUGCUCCGCCUUCUGUAAACACGUACAUACAUAAUGUCUGUAUUUAUCACGUGUUUCUCUCACAAUUUAUGUCUCACUACAAAUUCUCAGCCUUUUGAAGAAGAAGAAGAUCGAAUUUAUUGAAGGGGACUGUUCAUUUCCAUCGCCAACACUGUUUCAUCAACUGGGUAUGUUUCCGUUUCUCAUCAAAUCAAUCGGGUUUCAUGCAAUUUAAUUUCUGAGAAUUGGGUUUUUGAGGAUUUAGUGUUUAAAGUUGAAGUUUUUGGUUAUGGAGAGUAUGUAUUCAGGUAUGGGGUCUGAAAUGUUAGGGUUAGAAAUGUCACUUCAUCAUCGUCCUCAACAAAAUCCCAACUCUCAUCACCAACUCCAUUUGCAGCAUUCGAAACCUCAAAUGGUUUCCUUUGGUGAUCAGUCUCACAAUCAAGCUCAAAAACCAGGGUAUUCUAGUUAUACCCCUAAUAAAGUUGUCACAAAACAGAUAACCCUAAAUAGCGACGAUGAUGAACCAGAUAGUACAAACUGCAGUGAUGGGAAAAUGAAAAACAACACUUCACCAUGGCAGAGGAUGAAAUGGACGGAUUCCAUGGUGAAAUUGUUAAUCAUGAUUGUUUUCUACAUCGGCGAUGAAGUCGGUUCUGACGGGACCGAUCCAGCUGGAAAAAAGAAAGCUGGCGGUGGCGGGAUGUUACAGAAGAAGGGGAAAUGGAAAACAGUUUCGAAGGCAAUGAUGGAGAGAGGGUAUUAUGUAUCUCCACAGCAAUGUGAAGAUAAAUUCAAUGAUUUGAACAAGAGGUAUAAAAGGGUUAAUGAUAUUCUCGGAAAGGGUACUUCUUGUAAAGUUGUGGAGAAUCAGAGCUUGCUCGAUCAGAUGGAUCAUUUGUCGCAGAAAUUGAAAGACGAGGUUAAGAAACUUCUCAAUUCUAAGCAUUUGUUCUUCAGAGAAAUGUGCGCUUACCAUAAUAGCUGCGGUCAUGGUGGUGCUGCUGCUGUUGCUUCUGCUGCUGUUGCUGCUGCUGCUGCUGAGAAGCCUGCUCACUCACACUCACAUUCUCAACCACAAUUGCAAGAAAAAUGUCUCCAUGAAACAGAAGUUGUGUUGAAAUUGCCUGAGGAAGAAGAUGAAGAAGAAGACAAUGACGAAACCCUUGAUGAUGAAGAUGAUGAUGAGGUUUACUUAGAAGAUGAACAAGAUGGUCAUGAUCAAUUCGAAGAACGAAACCUGAAGAAACGUGCUAGAAAAGAGGGUGGAGAAGAAGAAUCGGGUCUGGUUCAGCAAUUGAGUAACGAAUUGAUGGGUGUGGUUGAAGAUGGGAGGAGGAGCGAGGUGGAGAAGAGGCGGUGGUUGAAGGGGCGGUUGCUUAUGUUGGAGGAGCAGAGAGUGAGUUUCAAUGUGGAAGCUUUUGAGCUUGAGAAACAGAGACUAAAAUGGGAGAAGUUCAGUGGGAAGAAGGAAAGGGAGAUGGAAAGAGAGAAGAUAAAGAAUGAAAGAUGUAAGCUUGAAACAGAUAGGAUGAUACUUAUGCUUAGAAAGAAGGGACUUGAGUUAGCAAUCCAACAGCCUUUGUCUCAAUAUUCUUCUUCUUCUUCUGAAAAGAGGAGGAUGGAGCCAUCUUCAACCACUUGAUGUUAGAACAAUUAAACAAGUUUUCUGUCUUUUUUUCAGUUUUUUCAGUAGUCUCAAGGUUCUAUGUGUUAUAUUGUUAUUACAAUUUCACCUC